AUGUCCUGGCCCGGGCUACCCGCCGAGAUUCGCCGACACAUCUUGGAGCAACUCUUCAACGCUGCGCGUGCCCACGGGGAGCCGCUUUCUGGAUACACGGUUGUCUCGCUUGAGUUUCAGGCCUUCUUAGAAGGGCGCCUCUACUACAGCCUGGACGUCCGGCCACGCGAGCUCGGCACGUUCAUGGCGGUAUUCAACAAGGUGUACCGAAGGAAAUAUGUUCAACGCCUCGGCUUGGUGCUCAAUCUCCCCUGCCAGACAAUUCCAAGUCCAAUCGGUUGGCAGUCUCACAUGCCAGAGCACAGGCCCUUGUUGCUGAUGUUGCUCAUCUACACCGGCGGGCCUGACCGCCGCCCUAUCCUUCCUGGCCUCAGAGCUCAACAGAGAUUGGAUAACUCCAUCUUCAUCACUGGUGUACGUUCUCUCUUUCGCCUCCUGGCAACGUGGACGCGAGAGCAAGUCACAAGCCGAGGGAUACUGCUCGAAAUCAUCGCAGAUGCAAAGAGCUAUUGGCAAACCAUGGGAGAAAAUAUGCAACGACUCAAUGGACCUCGGCGCAUCCAUAGCACACAAAUUGUGGAUGGGCGACUGAUGUCUGCAAGCAUUGAUAUCCCCCCGAGGGAAUGGCAAAGAACUCUCAAGGCCGCCGAGUUAGAUUUUCACUUUGAGCUCGGCCUGUAUGGUGGAAGCCGUGGCAAGGGCAAAGACGAGGACGAGGACGAGGACGAGGACAAGGAAAGGGGAAGGAGAUGGAGGCCAAGGCGCCGCGAGCCUCCGUUUCCGAAAGUCAGAGUCGUCACCGCAUUGACCAUUCGACGCAGAACUAUUCGGCGGUUCCACCCCAAGGCAGUACAAGCCAUUGUACAGAGUCUCCCUUGCCUUGAAGAUCUUGACUGGCAUAUCCGGCCCUAUCCAACAUUGAGCAUUUACAGGACAUUUGAACAAGACCUGAAUCGAGUAUUGCUGGUUUUGCCCUCGUCAAUGCAGCAGGUGCACGUUACCCAGGUCCAUGAUUAUGUGCUGGAGCAGGGGGAGACCAACGUCGACUACCAACGCGCCGACGCCGUUUUCCGGUACAUAUGGCGGACCAAGCUAUCUCAACUCCAAGGCCUCUCUCUCGAAUACAAAGCUCGCACGCUCGAAUCAGAAAUGAAGCACAGCGCCACGCUGUGGCCAAAUUUGGAGAGGCUCGUCCUCAGGCCGAGAGGGUCCAUCAGCAACCACGCGCCAACAGAGGACUUCAACCGUCUGAUGCAAAACGCUGCUCAGGUGGUGCGACGGAUGCCGAAACUACGGUUCCUGAUGAUAUAUGACACUACCGGACUCACCAUGGGCUGCCUCGUCUGCAGAAUUCUAGAAUCCAGUCUGGCUAUUGGUAUCAAAUGCAGCUGGCGCUGUCAUAUAAACACGGCCACCAUGGAAGCCUGGGAUGUCACCGCAGGGGCACGUCGGCUGUACGAUAUCGGAUAG